AUGCCUCUCUCAAAGGCCAACUGCGACCUGGUGCGCGAGCGUUGGAGUAACGUGCGGAACAGCGUGCGGAAGAUGCUCAAGGAGGGCGUCGAUGACGACUACAAGAGCCUCCAGACCGGGAAACUGUUCGACGUGUCCCAGGUGAAGAAGGAUAUUCAGCUACUCGCCGCCGUCGAUGCACACCAGCUGCUCCGCCGGAUGGAGUCCAUCGUGCAUGAGCACGUGAUGAAUAUGAAGGUCGAUCUGUGGAGCCAUUUGAUCAAGAGCAACAAGGAGGCCAAGAUUGAGGAAAUCGACAAGCCGGGUACCUUUGAGGUGACGACCCCCGAGCACAUGAUCUCCUUCCUUAAAAUGCUACUCGAGAAAUUCACGGAAAACCACCGGACCGUCAACAAGAUGUGUACGCUUUUUAGCGAAAUGGACCAGCACUUUACACAAAUCGGCAUCAACUGGCGCGUGCUGAAUCACUACCUGUUCGAUUCGUUGAUUUAUAAGGAUGCCUUGAUGAAGAUAGAGUUGGAGGUGGUCGAGCAGACGAUUGGAUGCGACCUCAGAGGCAGCGUCCAUGACACCCCGGAACAAGAAGCGGAACGUAGCCUCCGGGAAUACAGCAAUAACAACUUUUCCCAUCAACACUUCGCAAAAUCCUUCCGCCUCCUCCGCCGUCUUAUGCUCACCUCCCGCGAAAUAUUCAAAAACGCCGACGCGAAGGUGAAAGAAUACGCGCGCGAGGAGAUCAACUCGAAAGUCGGCUUCGAGGUGCGGAAGCGCAUCGUGGAGGACGAGGAGUUUUUUCUGCGGCAAAGGCGAUAUGUGAGAUGGUUGUCGAAGAUUGUGCCGAGUCCCUCUGGAAGUUGUUGCCAGGCUUUUGAAGAGGCGCAGAAGCACAUGUUCGCUUCGUUGGAAUCGGUGGAAGAUCGGGAGGAUGAUGAGGCGUUUCUGGGACGACUCUCGCAGAUGUUCGAAAGAGGACUGAAUGUGCUGACGGUUUGCGCUGAAGAAAGCGAGCGCGACUCGUCAAAAACGGAAUGCCACGAGUGCGGCGAGGAGAACUGCGCCUGCGAUUCGUGCCAACUGGCCCAUUUGAUAAUAUGCGGAAUAUCGGCUGAACAACUGAAUAGUCGAUUAAACCCGGAAACGAGCGAGGGGAGCUUGGAGCACAAAUGUGGAUCCGGGCUGUAUAUACAUCGAUUUAUCUCCCGCGGCGAGCACAUGGACAACGCAUACGGUAGCUGGGAUUUUUCAAAAUGGGGAGAAGCCGACCCAUCUGAUAAUGAUGAGGAUGAGGAGGAGCAAGAGGUCAUGGACGCGAUAGAGCAUAUUGAGAAGAGCACACCGAAUGCGAGAUUAGCCAACGCGCCGAUAACCAUCCGGGAACGUGAGGCACAAUUGAAGAGAAGGAGACAAGAAAGGGAGCUGGAGCAGUAUGAGAAAAGCCCGUCAACGAGCGAUACAUCGAGUGAAUCGGAAGCGGAAGAUUUGUUGGAUGGGAUGGAUGAGUGCCCGGCUGGAUCGGGAUGUCAACCCAGGAAACAGCUCUUCGCCAACGACGGCACGAAAGCGUUGAACGAGCAAUUGAAGAAGGAUCUCGACUAUCUGAAGGGCAAAGCGAAUGCGAAGGACGACAUCCCAUUCUGCUGCCUACCGCAUAGAACCGUAUGGAGGAGAAAGAAUGCGAAUAAGGAACAGCUGAAACGCACGAUUUUUGGAUGCGCAAAAAUCGGAAAUUCCGCAUGUUCUUGCCAGCCCUACCCAUACAUCAAGCGAUUUGGGGAGCUAAACGUCAGGAGUGCGAAUGAGCUCAUAAUGGGGCAGCAGGAAUUUCGGGACACUUUCGAGAAGGAUGUCUCCAAAGUGGCCUUCGUCCGGUACGCCAUCAAGACGCUCAUCUCCGGCUACGCGCACACGAUGAAGAACUUCUACGUGGACGCUGAUGCCAAGUGGAGAAGAACUAUCGUGGAUCGGGUCUUAAAAGAAGCAGCCGAAGCGUCUCGAUUAUUUGGCGAAUUCUCCUACAAAGGGCAACCAAUGUUUCCGGAUCCUCCCAAAAACAACUAUGAAUAUCGGGUCAGCGACGUUCAGGAGUUGAUCAAGCAGAACAACAAUUCGCCUUCGUAUUGGGCAAAAGUCGACAUCCGGGAAGACGACCGAACCUUCAUGAAACGACUCGAUAGCUUCGACCUGGCGGAUUUGUAUAAGCUUGACAACAUGAAAUACGAGGCAACAGACGACGCGGGGAAUUACGACAGCUUAUUGCUGGAGCUGCACAAGUUGACCAUGCUCGAGUCGCUGUGGGCGGCGAUGGUGUUCGCGAGUACGGUGAUAUUAAAAACCGACAUGGAGUUCGAAUGCCUGCUCUUAACCGCCAACUACAUGGGCGAGUACAUCGUGCUGACUGAGCAGCAGGAAGAAGAAGGCGGCUACGAGCCGGUGGCGCACUUCCUCAACAUGUGCCUCAUCUUCCGCACACUAAUGAAGUGUCUCGUCUCAUAUGUGGAUACCCUUGGAGAGGUGCAGCCGAAGCCGGAGGACAAGAUCUGGGAGCUGGAGUUGGACGAGAAGGGCGAGGAGGAGAAAGAUCACCUCCCCGACUACCGUAACCCGCACCAACUCAGCCUGUGGCAAAAGAAGCAGCUGAAAGAUGCAAGAAUCUCGUUGUUGGAGCUUUGCGAGGUCAGCGGGGAAGCCGUCAACGCGCUGAAGCAGCAAAAGGGAUUCGUGCGAAAUCGGCAGCACCUCCAAGAGCAGCUCGUUUUGAGAUCCCUCGUGCUCAAGGCAGCCCAGCUGCAGAAGCACCUCGACGACGAGAAGUCGGGUGUCAACCGACAGCGAUUGAAUCGACUUCGACGACUGCAUAACAUGAAGCAGAAGGAGAACGACGCCGACUGGUGCCCCCAUAAAUGCGAAGAUACCUCGGCCACCUGCUGCGAUGAUACCGAGCGAGGGGAAGAGGAUCUGGACAAGAUUGUUGCUGAUAUCGAGGGCGACAGCAAGGCCAGACAAGCCAAGAAAGCGAAGAAAAAGCAGAAACAGCAACUCCAAAAACAACUCGCCGACGAGGAGCGCCGGAAAAAGGAGGCAGAACAAAAAGCCGUAGAAGAAGCGGAAGCAUUAAGAAAAGAAGAAGAAAUGCGAAAGCAACAAAUUCGGGAAGAACAGAAACGGAAGGAAGAUAUGUUGAAACAAAAGGAAAACCAGGCAAAGGCAAAUACCGGCGAGAAGGAGAAGAAAAAGAAAAAGGCGAAAAAAGGCGCAAAGAAUGUGAAGGAUUCUUCACCACUUGUUAUCGAAGAACCCGUAUAUUCUGAGGAGGGGUUGAGUUGGCAGAAGAGUACGACACCACCACAAGCAGUAGCGGUUGGGAGUAAAACGAAGCACGAAAUCCCAAAAUCCAAAGAAUCCAAAGAGGCCAAGCGAGCGAAGCAGGAGAAAGACAUCAAGGAGGAAGAAGAGGACGGCGUCGACGACGAGAAUCGCAGCGAGAUCUCCUCGAUGUCAGCGUCGGAGAGUGCGACUCCAUUCCGGGACACCGAUUCGGUUUCCGGACCAGCUGUCGAGCCAAUCGACGAGGAGCCACCGUGCUACAAUUUCAUGGCUGUUGGCCAUGAAUCUGCAGCCAAAUCGGUGGUUCCUGCGACGCCACCAUCGACAGCUGUUCCUACAGGUCCCAUCACGCCAGCACCAUCAUCUUCCGCAUCUCCACACUCGAUGGAUGCGCCACCUGGGUUCGAGAAUUUGAUACACCAACAACGAGCAGCACAGGAGAGGAGAAGAGCUGAGUCCGGUUCCCUCCUCGGUGACGGUCAGAGUCUAAUGGAGCAGUGGCACCAGAUGAAUGCUGACAAUGCGGAGAUUAUCCGUUCCCUCCUCUCUAACCAGGCCGUGCAAAAUCACGCUGUGCAACGGGUUUUGGGCGGGAAUUUCCCAUCUCAAUCCGGCCAACAACAACAGCAGCAACCCCAGCAGCAGCCCCAAUUCGUUCGCCAGCACUCGGCCCAAGGCUUGGGACAAGCUUCUCAGGCUCCCGGACCGAGCAUGGGUCGUCCGAUCGUGAAGAACACUGGCCCGGGCCCGGUGCCAAUAUCGAGCUCGCCGAAGAUGGGAAUGUUUUCGGAGAAUCCGUUCGGGAAGUCGUUGCCCAACUCGUCGAAUCCGUUCGGGCCAAGCGGGCUGGUGAACCAGGAUUUGAAUGGUCUUCGCCACCAAUCUCGACCUCAUCCCGGUCCCGCGGCGGCAAACCCGAACCGGCACAGCUUCAUCGACGUUGGACUCUUUGGUGGCGCCUUCGCAGAACCCCCAAGCAGCGCCGGACGCCUAUCCGUUCCGCCGGACACCUCAAGACAUCAUAUGGUCCAGGAUCAACCCUUCAAAAUCCAGCGCACGUCGACGGAAAAUAUGUACGAGUCGGAUGAGAUGUUCCGGAAAUGUACUGACGAUGUCUUCAAGAGCAUCUGGGGAAAGGUGCCCGAGGAGUCGGCGGUUGAGAUGAAAGACCCACGAGCCGUUCCGCGGUUCGCCUCCGCUUCUCCAGGACCCCGAGGUCUCGAAAGCCAUCGCCAAUCCGUCGUCACCGGUCCGGCACCAAUCCGACCGAUGACGGCUUCUCCUGCCAACGUCCCGGCUGCCGCAUACCCAUCCCAACAGCCCCAACAACAGGCCCGACAACGACCCGGCGGCUUCGGCUGGCGCAACUUC